CCACUUUUCUCCAUAGCUUCCCUACUCUUCAUCUUCAUCUCCUUCACCUUCUCUCUAACCACCCCUCCACCGCCCAUCAGCCGCCUCACCGCCGCCUCUAUCUCCGGCGCCGCCACAAUCUCCGGCAGCCUCUCCCCCCUAAAAUCCGUCGACUCCCUCACGAGCAAAAACGCGUUCACCUGCUGCUCCGCGUACUGCGGGAAAGCGGCCACCGGAACCCCAUACCACAAGCUCUCAAGCACCGAAUUCCACCCGCAGUGCGAAAUGAAACCCCCCACCGCCAGGUGGCCGAGCACCGCCACUUGCGGGGCCCACCCGAUCACUUUUCCGAUCUUCUCCGUCCGCUCCAAGAACCCUUCUGGCAGAACCUCCCGGAAGUCGGUAUACUCGGUCGGCACAGGCGGGGUGUUGAUUUCCGGGCCAGGCUUCCUCAACGACCAUAAAAACCGGGCUCCGCUCGCUUCCAAACCGGCGGCAAUCUCCGCCGCCUGUUCCCGCCGGAAACCGCCCAUCGUCCCGAAGCAGAGGAAGACAACAGACUUUUCCGGUUGCCUGUCGAGCCACUCGACGACUUCCCGGCCCUCCGGCGAGCCGGCGGGAUUUAGUAUCGGGCCAACCGGA